AUGGACCUAACAUCAGGGUUUUAUAACAUCCCCAUGUGUGAAGAAGACAAGCGCUACACUGCCUUCACUACACCUGUUGGUCUAUACGAGUACAACAGAAUGCCCCAAGGACUCCUUAACAGCCCUGCAUUGUUCAUGCGCAUGAUGUUGAAUAUCUUUGGAAACCUCAACUUCACCAGUCUACUCUGCUACUUGUAUGAUCUGCUAGUUUUUGCCCCUACUGAGGAAGAAGCUCUUCUAAGACUGCAUGUCGUCUUCCAGAAGCUGAGGGAUAACCAUCUCAAGCUGAGUCCAAAGAAGUUCAAUUUUCUGCGCAGGUCUGUCAAGUUCUUGGGACAUUUUAUUGACCAGCAUGGAGCGUCAGUGGAUCCGUCCAGAGUGGCCAUGAUCUCCAAUAUGCCCAAGGAGUCUCUGAUGGAUGUGGAUGGUGUGGCCAAGUCUCAUACCACCGCCUACCACCCUAUGGGCAACGGAGGAACAGAGCGUUUUAACCGCACCUUAGCCCCUAUUCAGCCACGCUUCUCACAAACCUUGCAGAUGCUGCAAAAGUGGCCCAGCAGCAUGCCACUCAUCAACAAGAACACCAAGCAAAAGGUGUUUUGGUGGACCAAGAAGAAGAUGUUGCCCCUGAUCUCCUACCAGUCCCUGUCAGUGCUGACUGUGACCCACAAGGUGAAAUACGGCCGGUUUGGCUUCAUCUGGGAUGCGGCCGUGUUGGAGUAUGUCGCCAAUAAUGACGAGGAUUGUUCCUUCUACACCGUCAGCAACAGCGCAUCAGACCGUGGAUACGGUAUCGCCAUGCAGGACGGCAGCCCCUACAGGGACAUUUUCUCCCAGAGAAUCCUAGAACUCCAGCAGAACGGGGACAUGGAUUUACUAAAGCUCAAGUGGUGGCCCAAGGACACUCCCUGCGACCUGUACAGUUCGGUCCAGACACGGCAGCGCGGCAACGCCCUCGAUAUCCACAGCUUCGCUGGCGUCUUCUGCGUCCUGGCAGCCGGCGUGGUCCUCUCCUGCCUCAUAGCGAUGGUGGAAAGCUGGUGGUCGCGGCGGAAGGGGUCCAGAGUCCCUUCCAAGGAGGACGAUAAGGAGAUCGACCUGGAGCACCUACACCACAGGGUUAACAGCUUGUGCACCGAGGAUGAAAGCCCCCAUAAGCAGUUCUCCACCUCGUCCGUAGAUCUGACCCCUCUCGACAUGGAUGCGCUGCCCGCUGCUCGUCAAGCACUUGAGCAGAUCAGCGAUUUCCGCAACACCCACAUCACCACCACCACCUUCAUCCCCGAGCAGAUCCAGACCCUUAGCCGUAGCCUUUCUGCCAAAGCUGCCGCUGGAUUCUCCUCCGGUUUUGGUGGUGGAGGCGGUCUCCAGGACCACCGGACUGGUGGGGUUGGGCCUUUCCGGCAGAGGGCCCCCAAUGGUGGCUUCUUCCGCAGCCCCAUUAAAACUAUGUCCUCCAUUCCCUACCAGCCCACAGGUCCAGGACCCAACUUUGGAUAUGGCAAUGAUCCAGAUAGGGGCACCUCCAUAUAAGCAGUCGCUAUCGGUUCGGGAAGAAGAGUUGAGGGAGGAGGCGGAGUUUGUUAGAGUGUCAUUGCACGGAUUAAACAAAAACAUUGUGGUUAGGCUAAAAAAUGGGAAAUUAGACAAAUGUGUACAUAGCAAUCCUUUGGUUUUCUGCUUGGGUCUUUCCAACAGUGUCAGUUUUAUAUUUGGCUAAAGUGAAGGAGUGCAGGUCUGUAGAUGCAUUCAUGAUCCUCCUUCAAAUCUUGCUGAUGAGGUGCCGACAGGGGAAAAAAAGGGGCAGGGAGGGGGCUUGAUAAUUUCUGUUGUUGUUGUUGUUCUUGUGAUUGAUAAUUCUGAAAGGGGACUUUUUUUUUCAUUACUGUUUUUGUUUUUAUGACUUGAGGACAAUUUCAUGUAAUGAAAAAAAAAUGAUGGCUCAACUUCACUUUACUGUUUAAAUCCCUUUGAGAGUUUCGUUUCUAGAAGUAGAGACGCUGCCGACAAAGGAUUUGCCGGCCUCUUUAGCCAUGAAACAACUCCCAGGGGAUUUAACUAAUAAUCAAUGAUGGGGCUGCAGGUUGAUGAUGGUAGAGGAAAGCACCCUGUGUCCUUUCUUCUAAAAAGGGAGUCUUCUGCCUUGUCAGAAUUUGGGGUCUACACACUUUCGUCCUGUUCUUCUUUAACGGUGUUUCACCAAAAUCUGCUGUCCUUAAUGUGCUUUCAUCUCCAAGAUGGUGUCCACACGGUGGCCUGACUACACCGACUAAGACUUUUGCAGAUGAGCACAUGGUGACGCCUCCAUCUGUUUGAAAACUGCUAAAUGCCAUGACAGAUCAAGAAUUUCUCACUGUAGAUUCACCAGUUUUUGGUGCAUCACUCUUAAAGUACUUCUGCCAUUUUUUUGGGUGCAUCAGCCUGAAACUGUUUCACCAUUUUUGAUGCACAUUUAACUCUUUGUCGAUUCCCUCUGCACUGUACCAGUGCCCACAGACCUGUAAGUGAUUGUAUGUAGAUCUUACCUUUUUUUUUCUCUCACCUGUAUUGUGCUCUGCUUUUCAAGUGAAGGUGAGGUUCUUCAAUCAGACUCUCAAAGAACGGGAAACAUGGACAAUAUCAAAAGCAGCUGAAAGAAUAAAAAACAUAACAAGCUAAAAGACUUCAGAAAAGCGUAUGCUUAUUAUAUGUCUUUUAUUGAGUUUUGUUUGGGGAAAAAAAUUAUGCGUGGAAUGUGUUUUGGUCAGGAAGUACAAAAAAAAAAAAAAAACAUUGUUCUAAGCUGUCUUCUUGUUUUCGCUCCAAGCAAACUUUGAAAAACUGCUAAACAAGUGCUGUAGUCUCUGUUCUUUCAUCCUGACGUCAAACUUCCUAUUUUCAUUUAUGUCUUGUUUUGGUUACUUUCAGCGCUCUCAGAGGCCAGGUUUUAUUACAAAACAACAAAAAGAAAAGGUCAAAAUGUCAUGUCACACUUUUUUUUCGGGUUCAAGUUGUAGAAUGGAGUUGGUUUGUGUGUUAAGACUACGGUCACAAGUCCCAAAGUGCCAACGCACUGCAACCUAAAUGGAAAUUAUUCAGCAAAUUCGGCAAGAAAAUCGUGAGGCAGCAGUUGCAUUUUUAGGUUUUUUUUAAAAAAAGUUAAAAUUUUACGUUGAUCAGAUGAUUAUUUUUCAUCGGUCAGUGGCUGCCCAGGCACACUUGGAGAUUGCACAGUGGCAGUUCAGUGACAGGCGGGUGGCAGGAAGGCAGCAGUACGAUAAUUGACAGAUAGAUGGGUCUCAAAGAUCGGCCAAUCCACUUGUGAUGUACGUGUAGUGCCGUCUCACUGCCACCAUCCAAUUGUUAGAAAUCUAGAAAUCGUACGGUAGCACAAUCGACGAGGACUGUUGACACUGACCUGGGUCCCGGCGAUGACCAGAUGUCCUCGUCCAAAUGGGGAGAACAAAUGGGGAUGAUCAUGGUGCUAAUAGCGACUCUGAGACCUGCGUAUUGGCAAGUUGUGGUUGACGCCGAGAGGAAUACAAAGAAAACAGAACAUUGUCGUUUCUUGGGAGACUCGUUGUCUUAAAAAAAUAUGUUAAUCGACAAGAUUAUACUAUGUUUGUCCCAAAUCGGAUUUUCGAAUGAAAGUAAAGCCGCUUUUUAUUUACCCUCGUACUACCGGGCAACCGGUGGUACUUGAUGUGGAGGGCCGCUGUCCGGAUACAUUUACACAUCGUCCAAUCAGAGCGGCUUCUGGUCGAUGAUCCGGCUCCCACCGCCAUGCGGCCGCCCAAAUGCAUCUCCCAGUAUUGUAAUGGCGUCUGCCACCGUCUACAUUUACAACCACGCAAACAAUUUUCAAAAAUUCGAGCAACAGUAUGAAAUCUAGAAGAUCGUGCCGAUGUCUCCCCAUCAGUUGUAUUUGUGACCGUAGCAUUAAGGAGAAGCCAUCGUCAGUGCAAGCCUUACAUUGUAAUUAUCUGACCCCCUCCCCCAAGCUUCCAUGUUAAACUUCAAAUAUUUCAGCGCAACAUUUCAGAGCAGUGACUCAGUGGUUGUUCUGUAUGAGAAUGUCUCUGAUGGUCACUGAAUCUAGAGUCUGCCUUUUUACCAGAUGCGUCCCACAUAUAUUUCAUAUCACUUAUGUUAAGGGUACUAUUUCUAUCAUUUUUAUUUUAUUUUUUUUAUUGUUAUUAUUUUUAAAGUGCCAAUUAAUUCAGAUGAGCAUCAUGCAUUAUCUGGAGGGGGUGUAUGGAAAUAAAGAGAUAUGUUGGAGGGGUUGAUGGGUAAAACGGCAACCAAACCAUUUGUCACUAACACUGUAUUAAUAAUUGAUAAUGUUAGUUGCUUAGAGCAAGUUUUCCGUUUAUCUUUAAGAACUAAAACUGCAAAAAUGUUGUGUGUAGAGAUCUCAGUCAAGCCACAGUGUUUUGAAACAAGCAUUCUUAGGAAUUCUUUUCUUAUAUUAGGCUACUGAAUGGCAUAUAGGACACAUGCAUUUAAAAGAUUUUAUUUAGUAUAAAUGAAAGAGACAUUAUAAAAAAUGUAUAUUUUACAUGUUGAUGAUAUUUUUGUUGAAAAGAGAAGACUGUACGAUGUUCAGCUUUAGUGUUGAUUUGAGCAAAUCACGUUAUUGCCUUCAGUUUAGCCCCGCCCCACCCUUCCCUGCCCCGCCCAUGCUACACCUAAAACCAAUGUUUUGCUUUCUCUCAUAAUGCCAUUCCUUUUUUACUUUUUCCUCUCUUUUUUUAUUUUUAUUUGCUGGCUAAAUAACAAAACUACGGGGCAAGUUCACUAAAAAGAAAGCAUGCACAAACUUGCUGAUUUUUCUGUUAACAUUUUUAAUUUCACACAUAGGACUACAGAAUUUACUUGAUAAUUUUCAAAACUUUAUGAUGUACAGUAUUUAAUAUAGGCCUAUUUUGUUGUAUGUGUUGCAUAUUAUUCAAAAACCGAACAAAUUGGAGCCUCUGUUACAAGUGGCAAAGCUUUCUGUGUAUAAUUUGUCUAAUAAACAGGUUUUCUACAGUGG